ACAACAGAAGAAGCAACAACAAAAACAGCGGAAAGCCCCACGAGAGUCUGCGUUUCGACAUGUCGUAUACGCAAGCCCCUCCUCCGCACGGCGAUGACCUCCUUCGCUCAACAAGUACCCUCGCGCUCAACAACGUCGGAGUCGCACUCCUAGAGCGAUCCUGCUUCCGUCAAGCUAUGGGCACUUUCCGGGACGCCCUGGCGAACCUCCAAGACAUUAACAGAAGUUUUGCUAAGUUGCGCCUCCAACACGCGACGCACCGCUUGGCCUCUCCCCAAAUCGAUCUGCCCCGCGAAAGUGCCAACCCACAUUCCGACAAACUUCAUGCAUUCCGUAUCGAAACGCUUUCGGACACGGAUUCCGUACCAAGCCUGUUGGCCCGCAUGACGCAAACAUUGGUACCGACGACUGCGCCGCUAGAGCCUUCGCCUUCGUCGUGCGAUAUCCAGAAAGCAUAUUCGACCAACUUAGUUCCCCGCACCUUGAUCCUAUGCCCAAUCCGCAUGGAACAGAUAAAUGUAGGAGAAGGUACUAAGCUUGCCGUCCUGCUCUACAACUUUGCGGUGGCGCAUCUGUGCUUGGCAGAGACGAUCACGACGACCAUAGUCAGUGAUGACGACGAUGAGGAGGAAGGCGACGAAGAUACCAACUACCACGAACAGCAAGAUAUGGACUGUCUCACUUCAGAACAAGAUUUUCUGUACGAUAACGCCUUGCAGAUCUUAAAUCACAUCAAGGACAUGCUAUAUUCGUGGAUUGCCAACGAAAGGCGCGCCGAUUUUAACAUGCCACACGCGUCGGGGGCAACAUCCGUGCAACAUGUCACGUCGGGAGCCGGCGAAAGCCGAUGGUACGGAAAUUGUCUCCCGUACCUCUACGCGGCUCCACCGGAAGUUGCCUACUUGCUCGCCGUUGGCUGCGACCCUGGUCGCUUGUUGCGGCAGUUGUUGCAAAUAUUGGUAUGGGACUACACUGGUCACGUGUUCGCGGCCAACGAAUUGCACGGUGACGCCGAUGCCGCGUUUGAACAGACCUGGUAUUUGAGGGAAACGGCGGCUCAGUUGCAAAUGUCUUUUUAUCAAAACAGCAGCCUCGCGAUGACGAUGACUCGAAGGGGAUGGCGUUUCCCUAAUCGCGAAAUCAACACUUUUCAGGAUCCAAUCAGCGUCAUCGCAACCGGGACCGCUGAUGCAGCAUAG